AUGCCAACGAUGGGAGGCAUCAAGGGCGGCGUAGGCAGCUUCCUCCUCCGUCGUACAGCCGCGAAGAGCAUCCGCCAGAAGCACUUCACGGGCCCGCAGUUCUACAAGCGCAAGACCUUCAACUUUCCAGUCGGUCACCAUCAGCUUCACCGCCGCGUUGCCCCGGCUCUGCAGACUGGGUCACCGACACAUCAGCGGGAGCACCAGCGCUACGCCCACCUCCCAGGAGAUGCCCGCACACGACCGAGUGAGGACUUCACCUUCUCCCGCUCAACCUCGCCUCGCGACAGCGGACGGAGUCGGCAACGGGUAGACAAGGCCAUGUACGCCUGGGCGAAGCGUGGCUCGCUGCAGCUCUACCAAAUGGGCGGCAAACGAGAAACCUUUGUGUGCUACAGGUGCGGCUACCCGGUGCGGAGCGCUCUCGUCGCCAUCAAAGACGAUAACUGGGAUUACCGCAUGUGCUACAACUGCUACACAAAGACCGUCGACACCGGGAUGGAGCGAAACACGUAG